UCUUCCUUCAUUCUUGCAUGCAUUGAUCAUUUAAAUGAAGAGGGACAAAAAGAAACAGAAAUUAGAGGAAGAGGAGAGGAAAAUGGAGGUGGUGGUGGUGGAGCAAGUUGAUGCAUUGGCUGCAGCAGCGACGGUAGCUGCGGCUGCGGCGUUGGAAGAGGAGGAAGAGUUGUGGGGUAUGAGGCUCAGGGAAGGAGACGGUUUGGUCGACGAGCUGAUGACAUGGAGCACCGUGUUGCCUUCAUGUUGGGACGUUGAGUUUGUUGAGAAAAACUAUGGAGUUUUGUUCGAAGAUGUUGUGUGGGACGAUGAUAUUUGGAACUUGCACGCUUCUACUCAGCUUCCACCUUUAGAUAAUAACGUAAGACAAGAUUGAAGUCGGGAGAUUCGAGGUUUUUCAAUCGGUUCGGUUGUUCGAUUUUCCGGUUUUAGUAAGAACCAUAUAUUGUAAUCAAAAUUAAUAAAUUGUUUUGAUUUUGUAUGGUUUUGUUUCAGUUUAAAUCAUGAAUUUUUUUUAUAGAAAAUAUCCUUAAAUUUCUUGAUAAAGAAAAGUUAGGUUGGUUUGGGGUUUGAUUUCUUCAUGGUUUAAUUUUGGGAUUUUCCGGUUGAGAGUGAACCGUUCUAAUUCGACUCCAUCUUUGUUCGGUCUAGACUUUUUAUUGCCUACCCCCUCUAUGGCUAAAC